AUGAUGGAAACAGUCGAACGAUUCGAUCAAACAGAAGGAUAUGGACAUUCGUUACGCAAUAAGUAUCAAGUGUUUGAAAAACUCCGCGCUACGUACGGCGGUGAUUAUGCCCGUGGUCAACAGAAGUACUCGAGCGGUCAACAUCGCAUUCGAUUUCAGCUAGAACCGAUUGGAGGGGAUAAAGAAGCGAAUAUAAUCCUCGUCGGUGUUAUCUCGGCGAAUGUCACUGCUACAGAUCAAUAUUUUAACAAGACACCUUCGACCUAUGCGUGGGAAACAUCGUCUCACGAUUGGGAAGAUAAAACAACUAUUGUAGAAAAUGGUCAACAUAAAAAAGUGCCAAAAGACAAGUGGGCAGGUGCGGAAACAGGGGAUAUACUCGAGUUGAUCAUUGAUUGCGAUCAACAACUUAUUCGGAUAAAGAAUGAAACAAGAAAGACAGGUGAUACGAUGAAAGUUGAUUUAAAUAAUUGUCCUUUGCCAUGGAAAUUCAUCGUCAUUUUUUCGAUGUAUCCGGAUCGUGCCGGUUCUCGAUUGAAACUCCGUCCGACCGUUACACGUGUUACCAACUCAUUAGGUCAAACUCAUCAUGAGAGUAAAUCUGAUCAAGGAACAUUCGAAACACGUGGUCGGUCAAGUGACUCGAAUGGUGCAUUUAUGGUCAUCGACAACUCACCUGAUGAAGAACUUCAUCAUGUUAUAGAUGGUGUUUACAUUGGUUCACAAGACGCAGCGUCGAAUCUGCCAGGUCUCAACGAAUGUAAAAUCACACAUAUACUCAAUGUAGCAACGGGAAUCGAAAAUGUCUUCCCUGACCGAUACAAUUAUUUGAAUAUUGAAUUAUUAGAUGUGCCUGAAACAAAUAUUUCGAAAGUAUUUGCACAAACCAAUCAAUUCAUCGAACAAGCACUGGCUGAUAAUGGAUGUGUACUGGUGCAUUGUAAUGCGGGCGUUUCGCGGAGUUCGAGCAUUGUCUUAGCUUAUCUGAUAGGCACACGGCGAAUGUCGUAUGACGAUGCGUAUCAACUAGUGAAAAGAGCACGUCCGAACAUCCGACCAAACGAUGGAUUCGUGCGACAACUGAAAGAAUAUGCGGCUGAAAAGUGA